AUGCCGUUAUCCUGUAUUUUCGCGAGUGAUUUAUGCGAGAUUAUAUUCAAUAUCUCGCGAUGCGAUAGAUUUACAGGUAAGCGCGAAGGCGCGUACAAUUUUUGGUCGGCGCGAACUGUAGGGCAGUGGUCUGCAGUUGGUAUAAACGUCGCGGUAUCGGUGACGCGGCGCGUAUUCCCAGUGAAAGGUUCGUGGGAGGAGUCGUUGCGCCGAGUUCGGACGGUCGGGUACGAGGACCGUAAAGCUCGAGAAUACUCGAGGAGAGCGGCGAACUCAUCCACUCUUGGUCUCUACGGAGGUUUUGUGACAGGAGUCGUCUCUGGAGCAGAUAGUCGAGAAUUCUUGACGGAGGCUGCGAACACGUCAACCUCCGGUUUCCUGUUCUUUGACGGUUUUGGAGCGGUUUUUGGAAUUGUCUCGUGCGUACUGCUCGAGCAGAAUCAGACACCGAUCUGCUGUUAAAUCUACAAUUGUAACUCAUGUGCAACCGUUAACAUUGCCAUCAUCUCCGACCCUAGACGAUGUAGAUGGAUUAUUU